AACCACUUCCCGACCGGCCGUUGCAUAGAAACGGCCGGAGGGUGGCAGUGCAGGGUCGGGUGGCCAUUUAUAAACGGCCUCCCCGCACCCUGCUUGUGCGUGCUCCCUGGGAGCGCGCAGAACCGCGAUCCGGUGCCCACUGUGUCCUGUACGAGGUCCCGAUCAUGUGAUCACUGAUUGGCCAAUCAGUGAUCACUACGUGUGAAAUCUGUGUAUGUUCACAGAGGUCACAUGGUACAAGGCUAUUCACAACAGCCUUGUACCAUGUGACAAGCUGUGACCAAUCACAGCUCACUCAGUAC